CCCCCCCCACCCCUCCACUUCUCCCCACUUUCCUCUCCUCCACAUUCGUCUCUCUCCCACGCUCGUUCCGCAGCCCUUUGACUACCCCUGACCGGUCGCUGACUACCGAUACCAACCCCCGGAGUCGCCGCAUUCCUCUCCCCCCGCCCCCUCGUCAGCGUGGUACAAAGGACAACCAAAGGGAUAAUCAUUGAUUUUUUAUAAAAAGAAGAGACAAAGAUCAUGUCUUUGUCGCCUCCGGCCUUCUCCUUCCGCCCCAAGGCGUCCCCUAGCAAUGACAGCCUGAGCAGCGCCGCGUCCAGUCAGUCCCCCCCGAAAAAACCCACCAUGUCGCGAAAAGCCUCGUCACCCAUGGCCCCUCCUUUCAUGGUGUCGGCCCCCGGAAAGGCCAUCGUCUAUGGGGAACAUGCCGUCGUCCACGGCAAGGCCGCAAUGGCCGCCGCCAUCUCCAUGCGAUCCUACCUCCUCGUCACCACCCUCUCCAAAUCGCAGCGCACCAUCACCCUGAACUUCCGCGACACUGGCCUGAUCCACACCUGGGACAUCGACGCUCUCCCCUGGGAUCUCUUCAAUCGCCCCGAUAAGAAGAAAUACUACUACGAUCUGGUCACCACCCUCGAUCCCGAGCUCCUCGACGCCGUCCAGCCCCAUGUCGAACCCGUUUCCCCCGAUGCCCCCGAAGACGCCCGCAAGAUCCACCGGCACUCCGCCGCCGCCUUCCUCUACCUCUUCCUCUCCCUGGGAUCCCCCCAGCACCCCGGCGCCAUCUACACCCUGCGAUCCACCAUCCCCAUCGGCGCCGGCCUCGGCAGCAGCGGCAGUGUCUGCGUUUGUCUCAGCGCCGCCCUCCUACUCCAGAUCCGCACCCUGGCCGGGCCCCACCCCGACCAGCCCCCGGACGAGGCCGAAACCCAGAUCGAGCGCAUCAAUCGCUGGGCCUUUGUCGGCGAGAUGUGCAUCCACGGCAACCCCAGCGGUGUCGACAACACCGUCUCCGCCGGCGGCAAGGCCGUCAUCUUCCGCCGCGGCGACUAUUCCAAACCCCCGAGUGUCAAACCCCUGCUCAACUUCCCCGAGCUGCCGCUGCUGCUGGUCGACACGCGGCAGUCCCGCUCCACCGCCGUCGAGGUCGCCAAGGUCGGUCGCCUGCGGGGGGAUCACCCCGCCGUCACCGAGUCCAUCCUUGACACCAUCGAUCAGGUCACGCUCUCGGCGCAGACCCUGAUUCAGCAGUCCUCAUCCGCCGGGCCCGAUCGCAGCGUCUCCAGCGACGUGCUUGAACGCCUGGGGACCUUGAUCCGCAUCAACCACGGCUGCCUCGUCUCCCUGGGCGUCUCCCACCCCCGCCUCGAACGAAUUCGGGAGCUGGUCGACUUCGCCGACAUCGGCUGGACCAAGCUGACCGGCGCUGGCGGUGGCGGCUGCGCCAUCACCGUCCUCCGCCCCGACGCCAGCCCGGCAGCCAUCCGCGACCUGAAGCAGAAAUUGGACGCCGAGGGGUUCACCCGCUACGAGACCACCCUGGGAGGCGACGGCAUCGGCGUCCUAUGGCCCGCCGUGCUCCGCAACGGCACCGACGAGGAGGGCGGCGAAGAGAUCGACCAAGAGAAGUUCGAAAACGCUGAGGGAUCCGAGGGCAUCGACCGCCUCGUCGGCGUCGGAGCCCAGGAGAAGCGCGAGGGCUGGAAAUUCUGGAGGCGUGCCGCUGUCUGAUCCCCGUCAUCUACCUUUUUCCUUUUUUCCUUUUCUCCAUCUCAUCAAGGGUCUCUACAUCGCAUUUUAUGCUAUCUUCUUUUAUCUAUUUUUUUUUGCAACGACAUUGUUCACUUCUUGAAGGCCAGCGGACCAUUGGGCACCUUAUAUGCAUUUAAUCGACUCUUUUUGCAUCAUGUUUCUUUUCAUUUUCCUCAUCAUAUUUCUUUAUCAUAUUUCUUUGUAUAAUAUUACCCUUUCUUCUUCUUCUCCUUCUUCUGCCGUCACUAUCUUGAUUGUUCUAUACCUGUUUCUAGAUGAUCUUCAUGUUAAAGAGUCACGUAGAUGGUGAUGUCCGAGUGGAACAAGCUUGGGUUUUCUUCGGAUGAUAUAUGCGAGCAUUGCUGUAUCUACUGUGCAUAGGGGUGAAUAUGUAUUUAU